AUGGCGUUUGCACGGCAACGUCUCACGAGUACUCCAGUGGUUGGCAAAGUGCUAAGGUGGAAGAAGACCCAUGGCUGGAUAGAACCAGAGUGCAGCAUUGAUCAUCCUGAUAUCGGCAAACAUCAAGGUCACAUCUUCGUGCAUGGCGAGGACAUUGUGCCCAAGUGGCGAGGUUUGGUCGCUGGGUCCAUGGUGGAGUUCAUCCUCUACUUUGACGGUCAUGGCCUGGGUGCGGAGGAAUGCAUGGCGCGGAAGGUGCUACGAGUGACCUUGGCCUGGAAACAGGCGCAGGAUCUGUUUGGAGCAGAUGGUCAAGGUCUUGCAGAGUUUGAGGCCAAGAUGCAGGUGAGCAUACGGGCGUAUCAGUGGUGCCAAAUGGAUGGAACCAACAGCGAUUUGCCUUUUUUGCUCUUUGAGAUUUGGGGAAGGCCACAGGCUGUAGUUGAGACCAUUGAUGCUUUGGCCAUGAAGCGAGAAGAUUCCAAAGACUCAGAAACGCUGUGUGUCAACCUCCUCUUGCCUGAGAGUCGAUUGUGGAAGGUGGACCUGUUUCAGCUGCAGCACUUCGGAGGUUUGGAGGUAUCCAGCUCCAUCACCAUCACCGAUCCGAUGCCUUGUCGAACGCUGACCCUGCAGGCAAUGCAGCCCAACUUCCGCUCGGCCCUCCAUGCGCUGAUUGCGCAGGCCUUCCGGCCUGCGAUUGAAGAUCGACUCGGUCUGAGUAGCGACGUUGCCAACCGUCUCACCAAACCAGUACCAUAUACACAGGCAUUGUUUGUUCAUGGAAAAAAAAAGGCAGCAGACCAUGUUCCAAGUUUUGGUCCAAAGGGGUCUUUAAAGCUGCUGUGGGUUUCGUUUGGUGGUGUUGACUUGAUGUUUGAACUUUCUAGUUCCCACUUCAAUGAGCUUCAAUGCGGCCAUGAAGGAUACAGCAAUGGUUCGUCGUGGAAAGUGUCAAACCUAUUGGGGAUGAUUGGGGCAUGA